UCUGUAAAAAAAUAGAUUUUAUUUAUUAAAUCUUUAAGGGAUUUCAGCAAAAGGAUAUCCCAAAUAACCCUUUGGGAAAGACCCGCUAAGAUUUUAUGUUAAAUCCUACAACAGAUGGCUGACUUUCUGAUAAGCAGAUCCUAUGUGGGAAGCUAGAACCAUCAAACGAAGUAAAUUCUGGUAGUGUAUGAUACAUAUUAAUAUUGAUAUUGAUCUUAUCACAAUUAUCUUUGUAUUUAAAGAUCCGAUGUGUAUCACACUUCCGCGCAGAACAUGAUCGCGCAGUAAUUUUGUAAUUUACACCAAACAAUGCGUGAACAGCAGAAGCCCGUAUAGACGCCGUGAGGCUCUCUGUGAUUGGUUGACGCCAAGUCCAACCCCCUCGCCUUGGAAGCCACGCCCCCUGUGGCCAAGCGGAAGUGUACUCGUACCUCUCAGUGCAGAGGCAUUCAUUCGCUUGAUAAUGCGCUUUAAUUCGGGUACCGCGGACAGAAAAUCCACCGGAAUGCACGCAGAUUUGCACCGCGGCAGUCGUGCGUCUCGGUGUGGAGACGCAGCAGCAAUGCGGAAGUGAGUUUCGUCUCGCCGGUUCUCCGCAGCGCCAAAGCGAAUGGGCUGUAGGCACGGGGAAACAACCUCUGGAAAAACACACAUUCCGCUCUGCGCUGUUUCAGUUUGAACCGACACUGGCUUGGGUGCAGUAAGAAGAUCCGACAGGGGCCAGGAGCUACAUGUGACACACUUCUGUGAAUUAUUAAAUCUCUCUGCGACGAACAGAACGACAUCAAGCAAAAAAAAAAAAAUUACAAAUGGAGGACUGGGAAUGAGCAUGCGUAUGGUGGGAAACGAAGAGCUGUGCGCUGCGGCCGCAGUAGAGGCGACGCUGUGCUGAACGAGCGGCCCGGAGAGUCAUGCGGCGGUGGGGGAGGAUCGGAGCAGGGAGCUCGCAGCGCACUUCACGUUUCGCAAUAACUUUAAUGCCUUGUAGCACAGGGCUCUAACAUGUCAACAGACCAAGGGGCUAAAAAAACAACAACUUGGCACAUGGAAAGUGGUGUCUUCUCCUAGUGCGGCAACUAAUCAGUUCUCAACUUUGCUAAUUUGAUUGGAGCGAGAUUAAACCCACAAGCUCGAGGACCCGAGGCUGAUGUCUAUUAGCACGUUCAUUUAACUGGAUUUAACUACACCGAAAGGUAGACUGACCGAGUGCGCGCGCGCGCCCGCCGUGCGAUGAUUCAGUUUUGUUAACGCCGAAUAAUCGGUGCCAAAUCGACGCGACGCGCUCAUGACUUUCCACUGAUCCCCCCACAAAUGGCGUCGUUCCCCGAUUCCGACGUGCAGACGUGCCCGCUGUGCAAGGAGCUGUGUGGCUCCUCUGCUCCGAUCUCCUCCAGUUCAUCUACCUCUUCGUCGUCAUCGCAGACCUCCAACUCGUCUACUACCUCGUCCACGCGAAGGCUGCACGUCCUGCCGUGCCUGCACGCCUUCUGCAGGUCGUGCCUGGAGAGCCUAAGAAGCAACGGAGACCCCCUAAAGCUCCGCUGUCCCACUUGCGACCAAAAAGUCCCCAUGUCCGAGUCGGGCUUGGAUGCGCUGCCCUCGUCCAAUUUCCUGUUUAGCAACUUGCUGGACGUGGUGGUGUCCACCGAGGACCAGGGCACGAGCGGCUGCAUCGGGAGCGGGGGUCUUCUUCGGGCGCAGCACGUGCUUUCGGAGCCGCAGUGCAGCUCGUGCGACGAAGGGAACGGCGCGAGCUCGCACUGCCUCGACUGCCAGGAGUACCUGUGCGACAACUGCGUGCGCGCGCACCAGCGCGUCCGUCUCACCAAAGACCACUUCAUCGAGAGCCUGGCGGAGAACCUGCACGUGCCGGGACGCACCGGGGGCCACGGCGCGCCGCUCAGCCUCUCGCAGGCGUUUCACAACUUCUCCCUGCUUCCGGUGUUCCAGGACCGAGUGGACUACUGUCAGCAGCACGACAACGCGGUGCUGCGCUUUUUCUGUGAGAGUUGCUCGGUGCCCAUCUGUAGAGAGUGCAGUGUGGGGAGACACGUGGGCCACAGUGUGUCCUACCUGCAGGACGUGCUGCAUGACUCCAGAGCGCUCACCAUCCAGCUGCUCGCAGAUGCACAGCAGGGACGACAGGCCGUGCAGCUGAGCAUUGAGAAAGUGCAAGCCAUUGCUGAGCAGGUGGAACUGAAGGCGAAGGUGGUGCAGUCUGAGGUGAAGACCACCACGCUGCGUCACAAGAAAGCCCUGGAGGAGCGCGAGUGUGAGCUGCUGUGGAAGUUGGAAAAGAUCCGGCAGGUGAAGGCCAAGUCCCUGUACCUUCAGGUUGAGAAGCUUCACCAGAACCUCACCAAGCUGGACAGCACCAUUGCCACAGUGACAAAGGUCCUGGAGGAAGGGCGCAACAUAGACAUCCUACUAGCACGUGAGCACAUGCUGAAUCAGCUGCAGGAGCUUAAAGCACUCCGUUGCAUUCUGCAGCCACAGGAAGAUGACCGCAUCAUGUUCACACCUCCAGAUCAGGCACUUCUAAUCGCCAUCCAGUCCAUGGGUCUGAUAAGCAGUGGGGCCUUCGCAUCAGUCACUAAAGCCCAUGGGGAAGGUCUCAAGAGAGCUCUGCAAGGAAAAUUAGCUUCCUUUACAGUAGUGGCAUAUGACCAUGAUGGAGAACCGCGGUUAUCUGGUGGAGAUGGUGUGUCAGUGGUCUUGAUGAGUCGAGGAAACCUCUCUAGUGCUGAUGUGUCUGACCACCAGGAUGGUACCUACACAGUUAGCUACCUGCCCAAGGGUGAAGGUGAGCAUCUUCUUUCUGUGCUUAUCUGCAACCAGCACAUUGAGGGGAGUCCCUUUAAAGUCAUGGUGAAAUCUGGACGCAGCUAUGGAGGUAUUGGUCUGCCUGUUGCAUCCUUUGGUGGAGAGGGUGAUGGUGAUGGACAGCUGUGUCGACCAUGGGGAAUUUGCGUUGAUAAGGAAGGUUAUGUGAUUGUGGCUGACAGAAGCAACAAUCGCAUACAGAUCUUUAAGCCGUGUGGCACCUUUCACCACAAAUUUGGCACUUUGGGCUCAAGACCAGGCCAGUUUGACCGACCCGCUGGGGUUGCCUGUGACAACCAGAGAAGAAUCAUUGUGGCUGACAAGGACAAUCACCGCAUCCAAAUCUUCACUUUUGAUGGCCAGUUUCUCCUCAAGUUUGGUGAAAAGGGAACCAAAAAUGGGCAGUUUAACUAUCCCUGGGAUGUAGCUGUCAAUUCGGAGGGAAAGAUUCUGGUCUCUGACACGCGCAACCACCGAGUGCAGCUGUUCGGCCCCGAUGGGGUGUUCAUCAACAAGUAUGGUUUUGAAGGCGCUCUUUGGAAGCAUUUCGAUUCACCUCGAGGAGUCGCCUUCAACCAGGAAGGUCACCUAGUGGUGACUGACUUCAACAAUCAUCGCCUGCUCGUCAUUAGGCCUGACUGCCAGUCUGCCCGCUUUCUUGGCUCUGAAGGAACAGGUAACGGGCAGUUCUUGCGUCCGCAAGGUGUUGCUGUGGACCAGGAGGAUCGCAUUAUUGUGGCCGAUUCCCGUAACCAUCGUAUUCAGGUGUUUGAACCCAAUGGCAACUUCUUAUGCAAGUUUGGGACUCAGGGUAGUGGCUUCGGGCAGAUGGAUCGCCCAUCAGGUAUAGCCGUUACCCCUGACGGAAUGAUUGUAGCCGUUGACUUCGGAAACAAUCGAAUCCUCAUCUUUUGAGCUGGCUUUUAAAGUUGGAAAUAUAUAAAGGAAGUUUAGGUACACAGUUAUCAGGAGCAAACGUGGCUGAAUGUUGAAAAUGUGGCAGUAAUGUGUAGAUUCUUUUGUACUCAUCUAUAACUAUUUAUCCUGAUUGUAGUAUGAUUUGCGCUGCUGGCGAAAGUGUUCAUCACGUGCACACGCCAUUUAUCAAAGAGAAGGAGUAGAGCAAAAAGACUGUUUGCUGGUAGUGUUGCUAUUUUGCUCUUGAUCUGAGUCUUGAAAUCCUUAUUUGUUUGAUUUGUUUCUCAGGGAAUUUCCAGCAUUCUUGAAACAUUUUUCUCUCUCUGCAUUAUACCUACCUCAUCUAGCUUGUGUAUGAAUGUAUUCUCUUGUGUGUGCAGCGUCUGUGAAGUUUUAUAAAGACGUCUACCUCAGUGGGUUUUUUUUGUUUUGUUUUUUUGUUUUGUCAGAGAACAUAACACAAGAAAUGAAGCAAUGUUUGGUUGAUAUUUGCACAGUUCGCACAAAUUUCUCCUAAUUGUUACUGUGCACAUAACACAAAUAGGACCCCUGAAUGUUUGAGUAAAGUGAUGCAGUAGACCGGGGCUGCAUUUUGGCAGAAACAUUUAGAAAAUGUUUGGAUAAAUCUACUGUUUUGUGUUAUGUUUUUUAAAUCGGUUUUCAUUUGUCGUACCUCAUCUAAACUUUUUACCUCAUAACCUAAAUGUACCUCUGUGUACAAAUGCUUCAUUGUACAUACCUCACUAUUUUUUUGUUUUAUUUUAUAUGUUUCAGUCUCUCAGAAUGAAUAAUGGCUUAUAGGAUGGCUAGUAAAGCUUUUUGUUUCUUGAAUUACUGUUAUAGAGAUUUAAACCCAGAAUCUGAGCGAUGCAAGAAACUAAUUGCUCCCUUUUCUAAAAAUAUUUUACAAAUGUUAUAUAAAAAAAAAAAAAAAGAGCAGAGAUGGUUGUAUGAAGAUUUGAAUCUUUGUUUGGGACCAUUGAUAAAAUUGAAUCGUUGUUUUUUUUUUCCUAUGAAUAUUUUGUUUGUUUAUUUGUUCAUCUAGCACCAUUUAAGUUGAAGUGAUUAACCGAAUGAUUGAUUGGCACAUUGGUUUGCUGACUAGCUGUUGCUGCAAGCUUGGAUGUAAUCCAAACCCUAUAGGAUGACAUAGUUUACUUUGUAAGAAAAGUUUUUUCUCGGAAUGUCUGAACUCUAUUUAUUGGCCAGGAAAGAGCUCUCAAAGUAGGAGCUGAAUUAGAUCUUAAAGACCAUUUGCUCAGUUAGUAGAACACAGUUUGAAAACAUCAAUAAUCAACUGAGUAUGGUCUAAAAUAGGAUUUAUUUUUUUCCUUUAUUGUGGGGGAACCACUUUAAUUAAUGGUUUUUAUGGUUGCCUGCUUCUCCUGAAUGUGGAUCAAAGAAUUUAAAAGCAUAAAAAAAAAAAAGAGCACUGAUAUCCUGGCAUGUUUUUCCUUUGUUUGUUUUUAUCUUCAGACAAGUCAUGUAAUGAAAAAAACCCAUCUGAAUCUACAAGGAAAGUUUUGUUGAAAGAAUGUAGUUUCUGCCAUAUUUUGACAACAUGCCGAUUCUAGGGCCUAAAUCCCAAAGCCGUUGUCAGGUGUAGUUCUUGUUUAGCUUCUUGUCUGGAUGGGCAUUUUCUGUUUUAAGCUGCUUCUGCAGAAAACAUUUGAAAGCUCUUUUUUUUUUAUGGUGUGUACAUGUCUCACAUAAACACAAGUACAUUCACAAUUUUUUUAUGUUAUGCGCCUUUAAUUUGAUGUUAUAGAGGCUCCGCUUGUGCAUUCCAUCUUACAGCAGUACAUUCAUCAUUUACAAAAAAAUAAAUAAAAGCACAGCAGCAUUUUAGUUGAAAA